AUGUGCUCCGGGACCAUCUGCUUUCUCGGGAUACCUCUCGACGCUCAUUCUCUUAAGGGUUACGCGAACUUGGUCAAAGCACCUUUGAAGUACCACACUACGACAGGACUGAUUAAUGCCCUUGAAAACGGUACGGAGGAGGUCAGUCAUUUGUUGCGAAACAGUUGUAAUUUGCUUCUGGAGUGCAGGUGCUGCAAGUCGAUAUUCCGUCACGCUAAGUACUUUCAUAAGCACAAAAUGUCUGUUUGUCGUGCUUACCACAGACCAAUCGCUCCUUCAUAUGAGGAGGUCCUAGCUUUUCAAAAACAAGUCGCAGCUCUAUGGGAUGCUGACCAGCCUUCAACGAGCAAACAAGUUUAUGAACACAAGGAGCGCAGUCCUGCAUUUCAAGUAAUAGGAAAUGAGCCAUAUUUUAUCGAUUCCUACGACGGUAUUGAAGAACUCUGCGGAGAAUCUCGGACGGACAGUCCGGAGCCAGGUGAAUUCUUGGAAGAGCCAAGCACUCCCGUCUUCACGAACGAAAGAUUAGGGGAUGAUGAUGAAAUAGAAGAAGGCGAAUAUAUUGAACGGCUUUCUACCGACAACUGUCCUUCCUCUCAGUCUUUGAUCAAGGUCCCUGACGAAGGAUCUGAUGUCGAUCAAAUCGACUCCUCAAAUACCGGAGAAAGCGAUACGAUCUCACUGACGGAAAGCCCUGUACAUAAUGGUCAGUUGCACUUCCCUAUAUUCAAUGACCAAUUGCUAGAAUCGCCAACACAUACUGAUUACUUUGGAAAAGGAGAUAAGAUCACUAUAAAUCCUGCUCUUUCAACGAUUCAAAUGGAAUAA